AUGUCUGAACUCCAAAAAGUCCAAAGAUCUUAUAUGCAACUAAAUCAAGAAAACGUCAAAUUAAAAGUUGAUUAUCAAGAGAAAGAAAGAAAAGUGAAACAAUUGACAGAUGAAAUUAACUUAUUAAAUAAGAGACUCAAAGACAGAAGCAGUAAUGACGGAGAGAUCAGCAACUUGGAGAAAGAACUUCAAGAAAAAGAAAAAAUGCUCAAUCAACUUACAGAAGAAAACAACCGAUUAAAGAAAACGCUCGAAGUCAACAAUAUGGUACCAUUACUACCCCUACCAGCAUCACGUCAAUCACCACCAUCCUCAUCCAUGCCUCCAAUGCCACCAUUCCCUUCACCACCAUCCUCAUCCCUGCCUCCACCACCACCAAUUCAACCUCGUUAUCAACGUUCACCAUCACUACCUCCACCAUCCUCAUCAUUUCCUCCUCCACCAUCCUCAUCACUUCCUCCUCCACCAUUAAUGCAGCCAAUUCCACAGCUAAACCAAAAUAACGAAGAAAUCGACCAAUUAAAGGAAGAACUCAGUGAUAUCAAAAAAUCUUACCAGGAAGUUAAGAAAGAGAACUUAAAAUUAAGAUUUGAUUUCCAAAACGUUGAAGAAAAUCUCAAAGUAUUGCGUGAAGAAAAUAACAAAUUAAAGCAGGAAAGAAGUGGCAAUCAAACGAGCGUAGAUAUCGAAUCAUUAAAGAAAGAGCUUCAAGAAAAAGAAACAAAACUCAAACAAAUUAUAGAAGAAAACAACCAAUUAAAGGAAAAGCUCGAACUCAGAAAUACGGUACCAUCAUUACCUCCACCACCAUCUUCAUAUUUGCCUCCACCACCACCAAUAAAACCACCUCCACCACCACGACAAGCACAACAAACACCAUCUUCAUCACUUCCACCUCCUCCACCACAGCUAAACCAAAAUCACAAAGACAUCGACCAAUUAAAGGGAGAACUCAACGUAUUGCGUGAAGAAAAUAACAAAUUAAGACAGGAACUUCAAGAAAGAAGUGGCAAUCAAAAUGGCGUAGAGCUUCAAGAAGAAAUCAACAAAUUAAAGAGAAAUCUACAAGACAGAGAAAGGAUGAUCUAUCAAUUUAAUGAAGAAAACAAUGUGUUAAAGAGAGAAAUCAAAGAAUUAGAAAAUUACAGCAAUGCUGAUGGCGCUGAUGUCGACAAGAAAUUGAAGAAGAAACUCCAAGAAAAAGAGAAGAAACUCAAUGAAACUUCCGACGAAAACAAGAAAUUAAAGAGAGAGAUUAAACACAAAGAUAAACAGAUCAAAGAAAUUACAGAAGAAAACAACAAAUUAAAGAAGACGCAAAGCCAAUUUAACCAAGAAAACAAGAAGUUAUUGGAAACAUUCCAAGACAGAGAAAGAAAAUUCAUUGAUAUGACUGAAGAAGUCAACAAAUUAAAGAAAGAUCUACAAACCAGAGAAAAGAUGAUUUAUCAAUAUAACGAAGAAAACAACUUAUUAAAGAGACAACUCCAAGAAGUUGGAAGUGUUGAGGAAGUUGAUGAACUCCAAAGCAAACUUAGCAAACUUCAAGAAGAAAACAACAAAUUAAAGUCAGAUCUCCAGAGCGCUUACACAAGAAUAAGUAAACUUGAAACAUCAAUUAGGGAAUAUGAAGAAAAACUUCAUAACCUGGAAUGUGUUUACUCACAAAUUGAUCAAGAAAAUACCCAAUUAAGAAGGGAAAGCCAUGAAAAUGAUGGAGAGACUGGUGAAGACAAAGCAGUCCUAGCAAAAAUUGAGGAACUUAAGAAAUCCGAUGAUUUCGAAAGUAUUUAUAAUUUCCUUGAUGAAAAUUCAUCAAAUGAAAAUCAUUGGGUUAUGAAAAAAGCAUGUGAAAACGGUCUCUGGAAGAAAACAGCUCCAAAAGCAUCCAAAUGGGAUGAUGAAAAGAAUAUACUUCAUAUUGCAAGCGAAAAAGGUAAUGUUAAACUUGUCAAAGGUCUUGUUUUAGGCGGCGCUGAUAAAGAAACAAGAAGUUAUUAUAAAUAUACUCCACUCAUGCGUGCAUCAUAUUGCGGCCAACUUGAAGUUGCUACAUACCUUGUUUCUGCUGGAGCUAAAAUAGAUGCAAAGGAUGGCUACGGAUGGGAAUCAAUCAUUUUCGCGGCAUCUCGUGGCCAACUUGAAGUUGUAAAGUUCCUUAUCGCUGUCGGAGCAAACAUAGAAACAAAGAAUAAUAAUGACAAUACUCCACUCAUUGCUGCAGCAGCUGGCAGCCAUCUCCCUACAGUUCAAUAUCUUGUCUCCGUUGGUGCUAAAAAAGAAGCAAAGAAUAUGUAUGGAUAUACUCCACUCAUAAGUUCAUGUCUUAGUGGCAGUCUUGAUGUUGUUAAAUACCUUAUAUCAGUUGGAGCCAAUAAAGAAGCAACUGAUAAUGAUGGAAAAACUCCACUCAUUAUAUCAGCAGAGAGUGGUUUUCUUGACAUUGUCAAAUAUCUUGUCUCUGUAGGAGUUAAUAAGGAGGCAAAGAGCAAUUAUGGAACUACUGCACUUGAAUGCGCAAAAGACAAUGUUAAAAAAUAUCUACUUUCUGUGUAA